CGCAACAAUUAGGAGAAAUAUAGAUGGGAUGCGUUUUGCCCCAAGCCAAAUGAUUUGUUUUCUAGUGUCCGACUUGUGGGACUUGCCGAUGCCCCUGGUUGGACAGGAUUUCGACGUAAUUGAGCGCAGUCGACGAAGGCUAGUCAGCCUUCCCUCCCAGAGUGAAGAAGCCAGUGGGAAAUUUGGAUCCAGCACAAGGUUUUCAUGAUCGCAUAAUGCUCACCUGGCACUCAACAGCCCCAAGCUUCGUCUCGGACAUGCACGUUGAGAUUUGGCAACAGUAUAAAAAGCUGCCAGAGAGGGAGUUUGCCCAUAUCAGAUUGUUCCCUGCAACAGAACCUGAACAUGACAAUCGAACGGCGUCCGCGACUUCCGCAUCUAGCAGUAACACAGUCGCUGGCGGAGAUAAUGGCGCAAGGCUUUUUAUCCUCUUCCGCUCCAUGAAUGCAUUGCAUCAUUUCUCCUACAUGCGUAGUGAGUCACAGGUCUAUGCUCGGUCGGAGGGCACAACCCUUGUCAACUGUCGCGCAUGCCAAAGCGAGAUUGUCUUCUCGAUAUUGGCGGUAUUCCAGGUCAUGAAAUUCGAAUCGAGGACCUUCUUAGAAGGCUGCACAGAUGAGCUCCGCAAGAUGGAACUUCUGGGCCGCCAGCAUCCCAGCGUUAACAAGAUGAGAUAUCUAGUCCAUCUCGAAGACUGCCGCUUCGGUGCCGAAGAGUCAGUUACGCAUGCCUUAAGCGUCCUCAAGACACUUGAGAACUGGAUCCGUGAGCAAGAAACAGAGCAAAAGCUCUGGGACGGAGGCCAAUCUUUCGAGCAGCGGCUAGAGAUACUCAGGACAGAUCUUGAGUAUCUCCAGGAUGAGCUCGUUCAUACUUCCAAAGCUAUCGAAGAGAUGCAGCAGAAGAUUCGUGAACAGCUCUCUCUGUCUCGAGGCCGUCGAGAUUUUAUUCUUGCGUUACUCGCUGCCAUUUACCUGCCUCUGUCUUUCACGACAAGUUUCUUUGGCAUGAAUAUGAAUACAAAUACCUCGCCAGGCCCACAGGCAUUCUCUACCUGGACAAAUUCAUCGCUAGAUGGUCUCCCUGCUGACACCCGUAACUCCACAGAAGCGAUAAUUUCUGCUAUGAAUACAUCAGGGUCCUUGAACUGGACCUGGGAACAAUUUGGAAUCAUGCUAGGUUGUCUGAUUCUAACACUUCCAUUGGCACUCGCCGCUGGCGGCAUCUUCAGAUGGUCCGUGCAGUCUGCUGCACGCUAUGUGAGAUAUUGGCGUGUCCUCUAUAUCAUUGCAUACAUAGGGUUCAUUUUUUUCAGCAUUGCAGGCUCUAUGUCUGGGGGGGAACUUGAAACAACAGGGACAGUGUGCAAUUGCAUUCUUUUGUUCUCUCUUGCCUUCAACGCUUGGAAUUUAUACCCAGCUAGGAGGAGCCUUUCAUAUAUAGGCUUGUUUCUUUUCACGGCUCCCUUUGUAUUCGUCUCCAUCAAAAAACCCUUCCCCAUGAUGAUAUUCCCAUGGGUCUUGUUUGGUUGUAUAUGGUUAAUCCGACGGUGGCAGAAAUGGAAGCAGGCAUAAAUCUCCCUUUUCCAUAUAUUACUCUAACGUUUUGUACAUAAUUAGCU